AAUGCCGGUGCAGCCACCGAGCAAGGACCCGGAAGAGAUGGAAGCAGAGGCAGACUCUGCAGCCGAGAUGAACGGGGAGGAAGAGGAGAGUGAGGAGGAACGGAGUGGCAGCCAGACCGAGUCUGAGGGGGAGAGCUCCGAGAUGGACGACGAGGACUAUGAGCGGCGACGUAGCGAGUGUGUCAGCGAGAUGCUGGACCUGGAGAAGCAGUUCUCGGAGCUGAAGGAGAAGUUGUUCAGGGAGCGACUGAGUCAGCUGCGGGUACGGCUGGAGGAAGUGGGGGCCGAGAGAGCCCCUGAGUACACGGAGCCCCUGGGGGGCCUGCAGCAGAGCCUCAAGAUUCGCAUUCAGGUGGCGGGCGUCUACAAGGGCUUCUGUCUCGACGUGAUCAGGAACAAAUACGAGUGUGAGCUGCAGGGAGCCAAACAACACCUGGAGAGCGAGAAGCUGCUUCUGUACGACACCCUGCAGGGGGAGCUGCAGGAGCGGAUCCAGCGGCUGGAGGAGGACCGCCAGGGUCUGGACAUCAGCUCGGAGUGGUGGGAUGACAAACUGCACGCCAGAGGCAGCUCUAAGACCUGGGACUCCCUGCCGCCCUGUAAGCGGAAGAAGGCACCUCUGGUCUCUGGCCCCUACAUUGUGUACAUGCUUCAGGAAAUUGACAUCCUGGAGGACUGGACCGCCAUCAAAAAGGCGAGAGCAGCCAUGUCACCUCAGAAGAGAAAAUCAGACGGUAAGACCUUCAGAGACCCUCCUGCCUCCCAUUGCCAUCUCCCUCAGCCCAGCCUCCAGGGAAGAGGCCAGAGAGAUUGGCAGGGCCUCUGCGUGGGAGGCAGCCGGCAGCAGCGCCAUGUGCUGACGACCUCACAGCCAGACUCCCCCUUGUUCAGCGCCGAGUGCUAG